CUGCCCUUUUCGCGGUGCACAGUAACCGGAAGCGGAAGCUGGCGGUGCAGGUGAAGGAGGGUACCCGCAGGACGGUUCUCGCUCCCUCUCGGCUAUUUCCGUGUCCCCCCUUCGAGUAACCGCAGUGACAGUGCCGGACUCCGGCGGCCGAAGCGUAAAGAAACUCGUUUUUUCCGGAACUUGGAGCCGCGAGCGGGAUGAGGCGGAGAGACGCGCAUGUGUGAAGCGCGGUCGGUCGAGCGUUCGCGGCGGGCUGGUGGCUGUAGGACCUGGUAGAAGAAAGGUGCCAUGUACUCGGAGUGGCGGUCCUUGCACCUGGUGCUCCAGAGUGACCAAGGUCAUGUCAGUGUCCUACAAACGUACCCCUCGGCAGUGGGUCGGGAAGUGGCCAACACUGUGGUUCGGCCACUAGGGGCAACCCUUAACUCCCCUGUUGCAGAAAGCAUCCUCAAAACUGACAAAGAGGUCAAGUGGACCAUGGAGGUGCUCUGUUAUGGCCUGUCACUACCUCUGGAAGGAGACACUGUCAAGCUCUGCGUUGAUGUCUACACAGACUGGAUUAUGGCUCUAGUGGCCCCUCGAGACUCAAUCCCCCAGCCAAUCAUCAAAGAGCCAAACCUCUAUGUCCAGACUAUUCUGAAACACCUGCACAACCUUUUCUUACCCAGGUCAGAGCAGCACAGCCACAGUCACUUCCGCCUCUGCCAGCAGGUCCUUGUGGCAGUGCAGAGGCUGGCCAAGGAGUCUAACAGCAUGGCAAGGGAAACAUGGGAAGUGCUGCUGCUCUUCUUGUUGAGAAUCAGUGACACCAUGCUGGCUCCACCAACGGCCGGAGGUGGGAUAGCAGAAAAGCUGGCAGAGAAGCUGAUCAGCGUGCUCUUUGAGGUGUGGUUCCUUGCCUGCACACGCUGCUUCCCUACUCCGCCUUAUUGGAAGACAGCCCGGGAGAUGGUAGCGAACUGGAGACACCACCCUGCAGUUGUAGAGCAGUGGAGCAAAGUGAUAUGCGCUCUUACCUCCAGACUGCUGCGGUUCACCUACGGUCCUUCGUUCCCUGUGUUUAAAGUUCCCGAUGAAGAUGCCACCAUUAUUCCAGCUGAGAUGGACAAUGACUGUGUGGCUCAGACCUGGCUCCGCUUUCUGCACAUGUUGAGUAAUCCGGUGGAUCUGAGCAACCCUGCCAUCAUCAGCACUACACCCAAGUUUCAGGAGCAGUUCCUUAGUGUCAGUGGCGUUGGUGGAGUCCCCCAUGAGAUGAUCCAGCAUCCAUGUCUCAAGCAGCUGCCCCAGAUCUUCUUCCGUGCGAUGCGGGGAAUCAGCUGCUUGGUGGAUGCUUUCCUCGGCGUUGCAGGCUCAAAAGCAGAGAUGAAUGAGAGGCUGCCCUCUUACGGUAUUUCCCGGCCCCGAUCAGACAGUGCCCCACCCACUCCUGUUAACCGUUUGAGCAUGCCUCCCGCUGCUAGUACCACCAACACAACACCCCCCCACAACCGGAGACAUCGGCCCACCGUGACUACCAAGACCACCAGCAAAGCCUCUACGGGAAGUACUGCCCACCCAGCCAAAGUGUCUCAUCCGACAACCUCGCCUUCUCCCCUGUCCAGUCCUAACCAGACAAAUGCAGAGCCCCGGCCUCUUCCGGCCCCCUCCAGACCAAAGGUCAACAGCAUUCUCAACCUUUUUGGCCAGUGGUUGUUUGAUGCCUCGCUGGUGCACUGCAAACUUCAUGAGGGCUUCAACAGGGAGAACAGUAUGACUGCAUCUUUUAUCCAAAUUCUUCUUUCUUAUAAGUCUUCCCUGGCCACUCAAGCUGGUGUGGAGUACCGCAGAAAAGGCUCCCAGAUGUCCACUGACACCAUGGUCUCCAACCCCAUGUUCGAUGCCAAUGAGUUCCCUGAUAACUAUGAGGCUGGGCGAGCUGAGGCCUGUGGCACCGUGUGUAGGAUCUUCUGCAGUAAAAAGACUGGGGAGGAGAUACUGCCUGUCUACCUCUCUAGGUUUUAUAUGGUUCUUAUCCAGGGUCUACAGAUCACAGAUUUCAUCUGCCGACCCGUGCUGGCCAGUAUCAUCCUCAACUCUUCGUCUCUAUUCUCCUCUGACCUGAAGGGAGUUAAUGUUGUUGUCCCCUACUUCAUCUCUGCACUAGAAACUAUUUUGCCUGACAGAGAGCUAUCCAAAUUCAAAACCUAUGUCAAUCCCACUGAUCUGAGAAGAGCCUCUAUCAGCAUCCUGUUGUCGAUACUUCCUCUGCCUCACCACUUUGGGAACAUAAAAUCGGAGGUCCUUUUGGAGGGAAAAUUUAGCAAUGAUGACAACUCCCUUCCUGACAAAGCUGUCACCUUUCUGUCCUUGAGGCUGCGACUGGUCAACAUCCUGAUUGGAGCUCUGCAGACCGAGACAGACUCAGUCAACACACAGAUGAUUCUGGGCGCAAUGCUGAACAUUGUCCAGGAUUCUGCACUUCUGGAAUCAAUAGGCACACAGACUGAACUGGGUUGUGCAGAUGGCAGCAACACACUAGUGAAGAGCCACAGUCGUAACAACAGCGGUCUGAGUACAGCCAGUGGGGGGAGCUCUGAGGCCACCACGCCAGACAGUGAGCGACCAGCUCAGGCACUCCUCCGAGACUACGCUCUUCAUACAGAUACAGCCACUGGCCUCCUGAUUCGUAGUAUCCACCUGGUCACCCAGAGGCUCAACUCGCAGUGGCGGCCCGACAUGAGCGUUUCGCUAGCAGCGCUGGAGCUUCUGGCUGGCCUGGCCAAGGUGAGGGCGGGCGUGGAGUCCACAGACAAGAAGCGUGCUGUCAGCUCGGUCUGCAGCUACAUAGUGUACCAGUGCAGCCGCCCAGCCCCCUUGCACUCCCGGGACCUGCACUCUAUGAUCGUGGCGGCCUUCCAGUGUCUCUGCGCAUGGCUGACAGAGCACCCCGACAUGCUGAAUGAAAAGGACUGCCUCAUAGAGGUGCUGGAGAUUGUGGAGUUGGGUAUUUCAGGGAGCAAAUCAAAGACUGGUGACCAGGAGGUGCGCUAUAAAGGGAAGAAGGAGCACAGCCCAGCCUCCAUGAGAGUGAAGGAUGCUGCGGAGGCCACGCUGUCCUGCAUCAUGCAGGUGCUGGGAGCUUUCCCAUCCCCCAGCGGGCCUGCCUCCCCCUGCAGCUUGCUGAAUGAAGACACCUUGAUCAAAUACUCCAGACUUACCUCAACCAGCAGGAACAACUUCCGCUACUUUGUCCUGGACAACUCUGUCAUCUUGGCCAUGCUGGAGCAACCGCUGGGGAACGAGCAGAAUCCCUGUCCAGCCCUGACCAUGUUAGUCCGGGGCAUGUCUGGAAGACAUGCCUGGACCAUGCAGCUCUAUCACCAGCCCAGAGGUGCCCGGGCCAGCCAGAAGCAGGUUUUUGUCCCUGAAGGCCGCCCAACCCCCAAGAAUGAUGUUGGCAUACGGUUUAAUGUGAAACACAGAGCCUUCCCAGAAGAGGUGGAUAAGAUUCCUUUUGUAAAAGCUGAUGUGAGCAUUCCAGACCUUGAUGAUAUUGUAAAUAAAGAGGAUGAACUGUUCAUGAACUGUUCACUUCAUUAUAAUGAAAGAGAACUGGAGGUGCAGCAUGAGAAGUUGCGUAAUGUGAUGGUGAAGCAGAUCGAAUACGAGUCAGCGCUGGAGCAUCACAGUGAGGAUCUGUGGAGGAACAAGCCCUUUCCAGACCCCAAGAUUGACUGCAAACCCCCUCCACCCUCACAGGAGUUCCAGACAGCCCGCUUGUUUCUUUCUCACUUUGGAUUUCUGUCCCUAGAAGCACUAAAGGAACCUGGCAAUAGCCGCUUACCUCCUCACUUGAUUGCACUGGAUUCAGCGAUGCCUGGAUUUUUCGAUGACAUGGCGCUCUUAGAUCUGCUUCCGUGCCGGCCGUUUGACACUGUUUUCAUAUUCUAUGUGAGGGCAGGACAAAAGUGUAGCCAAGAGAUCCUGAGAAAUGUGGAAUCCUCAGCCAAUGUCCAGCAGCACUUCCUGGAGUUCCUGCUGUCACUAGGCUGGCCAGUGGACGUUGGUAGUCACCCUGGAUGGACCGGGAGUAUGGACACCAGCUGGUCGAUCAAUGCCUGUAGCGACAGCGAUAGCUUACAGCAAGAGGAGGCCUUCACAGCUGAGGACAGUGGAGGAGCUGUGUUCAACGGCGAGAAGAAGGUGCUGUACUAUGCUGAUGCACUGACAGAAAUCGCCUUUGUUGUCCCCUCUUUAAUGGACAUGUCCAGUGAAUCUUCAGAGAAUGGUUACACACCAGUGGAGGUGGAUUCCCAGAUGGACCUGCUUCCUGGCCUCCUGAACCAGCCAAGCCUCACACUGGAGCUGUUCCCGAAUCACUCUGACAACUUGAGUUACACUCAGAGGCUAAGUCCCACAGCAAGGGUAAAGAAAAUGUCCUCUGGAAGGCCAGUACCUCCUCUGGGUCCCGAGACCAAGGUGCUUGUGGUUUGGGUGGAGCGCUUUGAUGAUAUUGAAAAUUUUCCCCUUUCAGAUCUCUUGUCUGAAACAAGUACUGGAAUUGAGACCUUUUCAAACAACAGGGCUGCUGCUUCGGAGAAAGAUGUGCCCAUUGUGUUCAUUCACCCUCUGAAGACUGGUCUGUUCCGCAUCAAGCUUCAUGGAGCCACGGGCAAGUUCAACAUGGUCAUUCCCCUGAUAGAUGGCAUGGUGGUCAGCAGGAGAGCAUUAGGGUUCUUGGUAAGACAGACCGUAAUAAAUGUGUGUCGAAGGAAGAGGCUGGAAAGCGACUCCUACAACCCACCACACGUGCGUCGGAAACAGAAGAUCACAGAGAUUGUCAACAAAUACCGCAACAAGCAGCUUGAACCUGAGUUCUAUACCUCGCUGUUUCAGGAGGUUGGUGGGAUAAGACAGAACCCAUAACCCCACCCUAAACACAAAAAAACUGGGAGGGACUGUGAAAAUUCUAUAUAUUUCUAAAACAGUUUGUUACAUCUGUCAGCACUUGGUCACGAACCUUGAAAGUAGAGCACCAUGAAAAGCAGUGCAGAACUCACAGCCAUCCUCGCCUUCCAACUUUGGCCCUCUUCACAGGACACACAGCCGCUCCCUUGGGGGUCAGACUGCACUGGGCUGGACAGCAGUGUACUAGUGAAGUGGUCUGAGUGACUGUUACAGCAGAGUUUAAACCAUGUCACACAUUAGAGCAGUGAGGUUACAAUGUUUUCCCAUGGGAUUUUCCCCCCUGUAAAUCAUCAGCCUGGGCCUCUUUGCGGAUACUUUGUUUCACUACAAGUAGGGGGACACUUAUAGGUUGACAUUCUCUUUAUAAUGCCUCCAUUUAAAUCAAAUUGGGUUGUGAAAUAAGUAUUUUCUAAACAAUUACUUAAGCUUCAAAUUUUACCCAACUCCCCUCCCAGUAAUAGGCACGUGGGGGGGAAUCUUCCUUUUCCAUAACAUACCUUUGGUUCCAGCCUCUCAUGUAAACUUUUAAUGGUCUCAGGUAGUUACAUGCAUCUGUAGACAAAUCAUUUAAUUCAUUAUGUACACUUGAGGUCUUUUUUCCCAUGGUUUUCCUGUAUUGUAGAACUGAAGUGUGUCCAACUAUCAUGGCACAUUUAGACCCAAAUUUUCUAUUGAUUUGGGUUUCAAUCGCAUGAGGUGUAUGCUGUUUUGCUUGUUACAGCGUGUAACAAAAUUUAAAAUAUUGCAGAUCAGUCUUCCCUCUUUUUAUUUCUCCUUUGAGAAAAUGAGGAAAAUUUAAGCAAUAUACCAGUUAUUCAAACAAUUUGGGUUUUAGAAUCAAUGUAAUUAAUGGUGUAGAGACUUUAAAAUUGUCAUGGCACCACUCAUUGAAGACCACCAAGCCUCAGUUGUUACUGUGUUAUGUACGUAGUGUAUCUCUACUUCUUGGUCAGCAGUACAAUUUUUUUCAAAUAUGUUUUAUCUGUUUGCACCUCGUGUGUCCUUAUUACUCUCAUCCAUUCCAGCUCUUAUAAAGGAUGCCCACUGUAAGGGCUUACAUUGCUUCAUACGUGUAGUACACUAAUAGUAGACCACUUCUAACACAGUGUUAGUGUGUCAAUUCUGCUGGCUCUGUCUGGUGACCCUUUUUUUGAAAUUUUUUUUUUUUUUCUUUCCUUUCCUCAUAUGCUUACUGUUACAAUUUACUUUAUCUGGUCACUCCAGUUUGUUGCAGUUAUUUUUUUUUUUUUUUGAGGGAGGGUGUGAAACA